GCAUUCUUUCCUUUGUUAAAACCUUUUUUGAUUUAUUCAUGGUGAUUGUGCUACUUUGUGUAUUCUUGGUCGCGUCGGUGCUGGUUUACAGUUACCACAGUUUAGCCCACUUUCAACAAUCACCGGCAUUGCAAAGUCGAAGCACGCUCAUUGUCACCGCGCAUCCGGACGAUGAAUGCAUGUUUUUCGGUCCCACCAUUGCUGCGCUGCGAUCGCACUCGAAAACACGCAUUCAUCUGCUGUGCCUGUCGACUGGUAAUGCCGACGGGCUCGGAACGCAACGCAAGAAGGAACUCGUGAAAAGCUGCCAAGUAUUGGGCAUUCAACCCGCGCAAGUCAAAUCGUUAGACCAUCCAGACUUGCAAGACGGAAUGAAUCAGACAUGGUCGUCGAGUGUGGUUGCUGCUGCAGUGAAGAAUUACGUCGUCAAGAAUAAAAUCGAUACGGUGAUCACUUUUGAUGAUCAUGGUGUUUCCGGUCAUCCUAAUCAUAUUGCAGCUUAUAACGGCGCAAAACAAGCAGCUUCCGAAGGCUCUUUCAAACUCUACAAAUUGGUCUCGAUUCCUCUUGUACGCAAAUAUAUUGGUGUGGCCGAUUUGAUGCCUAUUACUGUCCAGCAAGUGUUGAACAAGCAUCAUCAUUUGUUAAUGUUGGCUCCUCCCGGUGCGUAUCUUAUAAGUCAUAAAGCCAUGCGGCAGCAUGCUAGUCAAUUAGUUUGGUUUCGCUGGUUAUAUGUGACAUUUUCACGAUACAUGUAUGUAAAUGAACUGGCCAUAGCUUAGUUAAAAAUCGUAUCAUCAAACAAAAAAAGAAAAAAAGGAAAAAAAAAGAAGCGCUUUGUUGACUAUAGAAAAAAAAAACCAGCGGCAAAAAAUAGCUAUUUUUUUAUUUAUUUUU